AUGCCGGCCUUGGCCAAUGAUACUUUUGACUUGCCUCUGGCCAAGAGGCAGAAGAGGACGCUGAGUGAAGAAAAGAGGGUAGCUAACCAGCGUGGAGGAUCCAAAAUUUUCGCUCCAUUCCGGACAUUGGGACUUAUUUCUCCAACUUCAGUGCCAUUCACUAGUGUACGUCUGGGAAAGUCUACCUACCAGAUCACGACAUCGGUAGGCCAUACGCUACAGACCUAUGACUUGCGACGAGGUUUGAACUUGAUCUUCUUGAGUCGGCCGCAAACUCCGGAGUUCAUUACAGCGACAUGUGCCUGGCAAGAUAAGGUGUUUGCUGCUUGGGGUUACCUUCGCCGCCGUUCUCCUGGAGGGGUCUGGGUGUUCAAGCGUGGUAAACGAGUCGCAUCCCUGGAAAGCCCGGACUUGGAUGGGCCCAUUGAACGCUUGGUGGUAUUUGGGUCGUGGGUUGUUGGCUGCUGGACUGGCGGUCUUGAAGUGUGGAAGACAGGGAGCUACGAGCACUACGCCAGUCUACGACCCCAGGCGAACUCGGGUUCUGCGGGGGGAGCCAUCUACGCAGGACUAUUGUGCAACAUGCCGACGUACCUGAACAAGAUCUUCGUGGGACGCAUGGAUGGUGCCGUGGAUAUUUGGAAUAUUCGAAGCGGAAAGCUACUGCAUACGUUGCCCCCACCGUCGUCCAACUCAGGACCGGUAACGGCGAUCCACCCAACCCCCGCUCUGUCUCUCCUAGCCAUUGCCCACAAGAGCGGUGCCUUGUCGAUCCAAAAUGUCGACUCGGGGCAACUCGUAUUGUCACUCCGAACUCCCUCGGCACGCGCUCUGCCUGUGACAUCAAUCACAUUCCGAAGUGAUGGUCUUGGCGCAGGUCACGAUGGCCGGAAGGCCGGCGUCAUGGCUACUGCCGCCAGUGGGAGUGGUGAUAUCACCAUGUGGGAUUUGAAUGAUGGGGGCCGAGUGGCUGGUAUCCUCCGUGGAGCCCAUCGAGUAGCAAACCGAGACAAUGGCACGGGUGUGAAUCGUAUCGAGUUCUUGGAUGGACAGCCAGUGCUUGUGUCCUCAGGGGAUGACAAUGCCUUGAAAACAUGGAUAUUUGACGAGACUCCGUUCUCUCCGACACCCCGGCCACUCCAUGUACGAGGGGGCCACUCCGCCGCCGUCAGCGCACUUGAAUUCUUGCCCGCUGCCUCCGAUGGAUCUGACUCUGGUGGGAAAUGGCUUCUCAGUGCAAGCAAAGAUUGUAGCCUCUGGGGGUUAAGUCUACGGAAAGAUAGCCAACACGCCGAGAUUUCGCAAGGCAAUGUAGAGAGCAAGUCGAAGAAAAUGGGUCCCACUGAUCCAUCUAACUCGGUGGUUGACCCUCUCAAGGCAUCCGAGGUGACCUGUAUUGCAUGUUCUCUAAAUCGAGAUGGGGGCAUGGGCAUCACUACGUCGGGCCCCAUAUGGUCGAACCCCAAGUUCACCAAUACCGAAUCUACCAACUCCACUGGAUGGGAAAGCGUCGUGACCGGUCACCGAGGAGACAAGUAUGCGCGAACUUGGUUCUGGGGAAAGAAGAAAGCCGGCCGCUGGGCGUUUGGAACAAACGACGGCACCGAAGUCAAGAGCGUGGCUGUUUCUCAAUGUGGAACUUUUGCAGUCAUUGGAUCCGCCGGGGGGUCCAUCGAUAUGUUUAAUCUACAAUCCGGCCAACAUCGGCAGAGCUUUCCAUCUCGGGGAUCCAAGUCUCGUGCCAUGAAAAUGCAGGGAGGGAGUGAUUCGGCCUUUGCUUCCUCGCGCCCUAUAGAUGCCAGACACACGAAGGCGGUGACUGGAUUGAUGAUUGAUAAUCUUAACCGGACCGUAAUUAGUUGCGGCCUGGAUGGGAAAGUCAAGUUUUGGGAUCUGCUUUCAGGCUCUUUGCUAGAUGAAUUGGAUUGGAAUCCAAUGGCAGCAGUAACUGGCAUUCGCUACAGUAAGACGAGCGAGCUGGUCGCAUUCAGUUGUGAUGACCUCUCUAUUCGUGUGGUUGAUCUUGAGACUAGAAAGCUAGUGCGUGAAUUCUGGGGCUGUGUGGGUCAAGUUAACGAUUUCAUCUUCUCCAAUGAUGGCAGGUGGAUCAUUGCGGCGUCCAUGGACUCCGUAAUACGAGUCUGGGACUUGCCCACCGGACAUCUCAUCGACAUCUUCCGCGUUUCCAGCACUUGCGUCUCAUUGACCAUGUCAUCCACAGGGGAAUUCCUCGCUACCGCACAUGCCGGAAGCAUUGGUAUCAGUCUCUGGAGCAAUCGUAGCCUGUUCAUGCCCGUGUCCACCAAGAAUAUGGAUGAGGAUCUCAUCGAAGAUGUCGGUGUCCCCACCACAUCGGGCGAGAGCGGCGCGGGUCUGGUUGAAGCGGCCUUCAUGGAGGCCCCUGGGGCAGACGAGGCAGAAGGACCCGUACUGACAACUGAACAGCUGCAGCAGGAUAUGGUCACUCUCAGUCUGGUUCCUAAAAGCAAAUGGCAGGCAUUGGUCCAUCUUGACUCUAUCAAGGAACGCAAUCGGCCCAAGGAAGCACCCAAGGCUCCUGAGAAGGCACCAUUCUUUCUUCCCUCCAUGCUCAGUGAUACGCACUCUCAACCGCCGCAUCAAGCCGCUGCUGAGGCCGCCGAGGCUGGGUCUCUCUCACACAACGUAGAGGUAGAGCGAUCGCGUGUGUCCAAAAUGCCAACUGGCGGGGUCAGUUCUGCAUCCACCAUCACUCAAUUGCUCCAGUCCGGUCACGGAACUGGGAAUUUCGAUUCCUUGAUUGAGCAUCUCAAAUCCCUUUCCCCAGCACGAGCUGACUUGGAGAUUCGUUCUCUUGAUCCUCGGGCGCGCAAUGGAUUCUCUGAGCUGUCCAGUUUUAUCAAGGCCCUCACAAUCCGUCUCAAACUAAGAAGAGAUUUUGAGCUGGUCAACGCAUGGAUGGCGGUGUUCCUGAAAAUUCAUGCUGACACGGUGGAACUUUGUUCCCAUCAUGAUGAACCCGAAUACCAUCUAUUGCAAGAAGCCCUCACCUCUUGGGCCCAUGAACAGGAACAGGAAGGCAGGCGUCUUGCUGAACUGGUUGGAUACUGCCGUGGAGUUGUUGGAUUUCUCCGAUCUGCACGAUAA